GCGGGGCCGCUCCGCUCUAAGAUGGCGGCGCGGGCCCCACGUGGUGCGCACUGAGGCAGGCGCGGGGCGGCCGCUGGCGACAUGGCGGCGGCGGUGGGCAGCGAGGGCGGGAGGAGCGACGGAGCGGAGGAGGACGAGGUGGAGGAGCAACUGGUCAUGGUUGAGCUAUCAGGAAUUAUUGAUUCAGACUUCUUAGAAAAAUGUGAAAACAAGUGCAAGAUUUUGGGAAUAGAGACAGAGAGGCCCAUUUUACAAGUGGACAGAUAUGUAUUUGCAGGAGAAUAUGAAGAUGCCUUGGGAACCUGUGUGGUUUUUGAAGAAAACACAGAGCAAGUAGAUGCAGAAGGCAACCAAAAAGUACAGCUGAAAUACAAGUGCCACACAGUGAAGAAAUUGAACAUGACACGGACCCUUCUGACAGAAAAGAAGGAAGGAGAAGAGAAUGUUGGUGGAGUAGAGUGGUUGCAGAUCAAGGACAGAGAUUUUUCCUACAGCAGGCUUAAUAUGAUUUGCAGUUUUCUGCCUGAAAAGGAUGAUUCUGAGGAGUCAGCUCAAGCCCAAGAUAAAUUGACUGAAGAGUCAGAGGGAGAGGUGAGUGGCAAAGGCAAUUCUAACAUGAACUCUGACCUGGAAAAGCUGCCCAACUUGGAAAGAGAUGCCCCUAUUCCUUUGCCUGACAGCUCGGCUUCUGGGGCAGAGGGAUCUCCUUCUGGAAAUGCUGCCUUAGAGGAUGUACCUCCAUGAUACUAACUCUGAUCUUUUAAGGAUUUCUUCACAGAAUUAAUGGGUCAACUUUUAUAGGCCAUGGCAUGGUUUCCACCUUCUCUGAAAAAUGACUAGUGGAAAAACAGACAUUAUGUUCUUGUGCAUUGCUUUUGUGUUGAAUUAUAGUGGGAAGGGCUUAAUUGUUUUUUAAAAAUACUGACUGGAAAUGUAUGUAUCCCUACCUCAAAAGUGGACAAGUGGAAAUGGUUACAUAAUUAAAAGAAACUCCUAGUUUAGAAAAAUGUUGAUGUAUUGUACAGUCUGAAACAUUUUGUAAAAAGAAAGCAACAUCAUUGUUUAAAAUAAA